UAUAAAUUCCUUUCCAGGAAUGGUGCUUUCUGCUCAAUUUCUGCACAACCAUGGCUGCAAUAUUUUCUGUCCUCCUCAUAGUUCUUUUCAUCUCAUUUUCAUCAUUCCAAGCAUCCCCAACAAAUUCCAGGCUCUUCAGGGAAUACAUCGGAGCCGAGGACACGGGUGUCACGUUUUCAGAUGUACCUGUUAAUCAGAAUAUCGAAGUUCACUACAUCCUGUCUUUUGCCAUUGACUACACUUCUUCUUCCAAACCUUCCCCAACCAAUGGAUACUUCAAUGUGUAUUGGGACACAGAAAACCUUACCCCUUCAGCUGUUUCCUCCUUCAAAGCUCAUCAUGGAAAUGUCAAGGUGGCUAUGAGUCUCGGAGGCGACACCAUAAACAAACAGCACGUUUACUUCGAUCCAAAAUCUAUCAAUUCCUGGGUUAGCAAUGCUAUUCAUUCAAUAUCAGAUAUAGCAAGCAAGUAUAACUUGGAUGGUAUUGAUAUCGACUACGAACACUUCAGGACAGAUCCUGAUACAUUUGCAGAAUGCAUUGGGAAGCUUCUCUUCUACCUGAAACAACAAAGAAUAGUAUCAUUUGCAUCAAUAGCACCAUAUGAAGAUGAUUCUGUUCAACCUUAUUACUUGGCCUUGUGGAAGAAAUAUGGACACUUGAUAGACUAUGUAAACUUUCAGUUCUAUGCAUAUCCCAAGGGAACAAAUGUUUCUCAGUUCUUGAAAUAUUUUGAGACUCAGAACUCUAAUUAUGAAGGUGGGAAAGUGUUGGUGAGCUUUGGAACAGAUAAAAGUGGAGGUCUGUCACCUAAGAAUGGAUUCUUUGAAGCUUGCAGUAAUCUUAGAAGAAUGAACAAGCUUAAUGGAAUUUUUAUAUGGUCUGCAGAUGACUCCAAGAAGGAUGGGUUUACUUAUGAACUGCAGGCACAGAGCUUUUUAGCCGACUCAAAAUGAUCUUUGUUUCUUAAUACAUUUGAAUCAUGAGCUCUUGUAUUGACAAAAGGAAUUCAACUAUUGAGCUAAUAGUUGAAUAGAAUUUUUCUUAUUCAUAAUAAAUUUUCAUUAUGAGAAGUUUGGAAAAUACACCUAUCAAGCAAAAUUCAAAGUUAUUUACACAAUGUACUUAGUUAUAGCACAGCAAUUAUGCCUGACAUCCAAUACUAUGUAUGAGAAAAAAGAUGU